ACACAUAAGCACCCUGUCGUCAUCAUGGCUGCUACAAUAAGUUUAUAUCAUGACUAUUUUUGUGUUUCAAAGACUACACACUUUGCAAACACAUUGGCUUGCUUACCAGAUACAUUAUCUAGAAAAAAGAAAAAUAUAUAUUUGGCACGAACCUGAAUGUUGACAAAUUCUACGCACCGAUUGCGGUUGCUAUGGAAACACUCGCACCAAAGCAAACACACAUUUUGGCAGGUUUACAGCGUUUCUCGUUUAUUUACCAGAUAUGGAAUUCUGUGGUAGCAGUUAUGAUGGGGAUUACAACAAUGGCAGAAUGGAAGGGAGGGGAGAGUAUACUUUGCCAACCGAGACAAGAUAUGUUGGAGAGAUGAAGGAUGGUACAUUCCACGGAAAGGGAGUACUGUAUUUUCCCAAUGGAAGCAAAUACGAGGGAACAUGGGAAAAAGGAAUAUCAAAGCAGGGGAAAUACACCUUUGCUGAUGGACUGGAGUACCAGGAGAGUGAUUGGGAGUACUGUAAUGGCUGUGACAGACGGUUCUACACAGAAGUGUGUAAUGGACUGAAACCAGCAGGGGAGUCCCAGCUGACCAACCUGGACCCACCACGUGUCAUCCCCGAAGGCUGCUACGACUGUGGAGAUGGCUUCUACAAUCCCCAGACCCGGGUCAUCUCUGACUACAAACACAGUUUCCUUAGGAAUGCAGAUGAUGGUGAACAUGAGUGGAUUGUUCGCACCUGUCGGAAGGGCUGGGAUGAGGUUGUGGGACAUGCGUCCAGGAAGUAAACGCCUGAGAGCUGAGGGAACCUAUGACAAAGCGGGACUGCGUCAUUCUGAUCUCAUACAAAUAGACAUUGUGCUUUUCAAUUGUAAUCAGCUAUGUUCCGCAGAAGAGGUUUGCCCUCACUGUAAUAAAACUCCUGACGGUAAAUCGGAAUGCUUUGGUGUGGGGGCGGAACAAAACUGAAAAUUCCAGAAACCUUCCUAUAGUGUGGAACCCAGAACGGAACACACUAAAUGUGGCCUGACAAAGACACCGUACAGUAUAUAAUACAACCUCCUUGGAUUCUGUUUCAUGUGGAUUAUUUGCAAGGCCUGUACUCCACUCUGAAGGGCAGUAAGGCAUAAACUGUUUACAGUAUGGAGUUAGGUAAAUCUUCCAACCAAUCACGGCAGGCUGCAGCUUUAUCAGAUGCGCUGUUUAGACAGAAAACAUUUUUUGACAGGAUGGUUGGCAUCACCGUUAAGGAACGUCAUCUGGUUCAGUAAUUUUAAAAAAGCAGAGUACAGAUUAAACAAUUGUCUAGCAAUGGUUUCAGGGGACAAGCAAUUUAUUAUAUCUAUAAUGGUUGAUCUUAGUUAAAUAUAUGUAAUACAAUAUUUAUGUGUAGAUUUAGUUCCAGAUGUUUAGUAGCUAUUCACAACAGUGGAGUUAUGUGUUUUUGCAUCUGGGACUUUCUGUGGCACUGAAAAAUGCAUAUAAAUGCUUCUGCUAUUUCCCUUUUUUAUCACUUCAUACAAAUAUUUAUUAUAUAAUACAACAUUGAAGGCUCACAGACUUUACAAGUGUUGAUUUGCGAAAACUAAAGUAGUAUCACACUGCAAGUAUGUGAGCACUGACAAUAGUGCGACCAGUUAAAAAUGUCUGAAAAAAAAAAAUAUUUCAUACAAUGUGUUCUUACCUUUGCAAAAAAAAAACAUAAGUGCAUUUUUUUCAUGCAUUGAAAUGAAAUUCUGGUCCUCAAACAGCACCAGCAUGUUAUUGUGUGGUUGAUGUAAGCUCUUUGAAACAUUGCUCUACUACUUAGAUGUCUGCCUCACACUUGAUCAAUAAUCAACACAUAUAAUCAACAUGAAAGGGGGAUUCUUUUAUUUAAGAUGUGUCAACUGCAUAGUAGUGGGUCCCACACCUUUAAAAUAGAUUUCAUAUUUUAAUAAAUAACCAUCUAGUGUUGGGUGAAAGAUAUGAGUAGAUUUGAGUUUAUAGAAAUUUUAGCAAAUGCAUACAGAACAGUUGUGACCUACGUAUCAGAUGAAUGUUAACAACUGCGAACCAAAGGCACAAAUGGCAUUUAUGUUUAUGAUGUAUAAGAUAAAAUAUGCUGUAUUGUGUUAGACUGUACAUUUGUUAUUUGUUUAUGAAGCCUACCUUUAAUGUUCUAUUUGCUUUAGCCUUGGCUGGACUAAUGGAUAAGUCAUUACCUGUUGUUCACUAUAAAUAUACUAUGCUGCAAGUAACAGAAAAAAUAGAUGAAGCACUUGAAGCACUUAAAUACUGUUGAAAGGAGAGUGAAAAUGACCAGUUAGAAAUUGAUCAGUUAAGCAAAAAUAAUGUCAUGUGCUUCUAAUGGGUAGAGAGUCCUCUAUUUAUCUGUUUUGUUCUUCUGUUCAGCACAGUGAAGGUACAGUCUUGAGUGGUGCCGCUCAGUGUAAUCAAUUUCAGAUCAUUUCUUUUAAAGGCUUUCUGAAAGCAAACCAAGUGGCUGGUCGAUGCAAUAGCUAUAUGUGCUGUAUUGUCCAAAAGGAUAAUACGAGGAUAUGAAAUUGUUUCCCAUUUAACACAUAAAGAGGAAAUUUGGUCCAUUAGGCCUGCACUCCAUAAUGGCAUCUAUAAAUAUUACUCUUAAAUGGCAAAUAAUAUAAGUUAUUUGGCUUUAUGAAAUGUGCAUUAAAGGUUGUGUGUGUGUGUG